AUGCGAUAUUUUUGGUUGGUACUGACAAGUGUUAUCAGCUUCACAUUAGGCCUACCUCAAACUGCUGCUGAUGGCCAGAUGGUCCCGAACGUGGCUUUUUAUAUCAGGCGGAAAGUUCUGUUGGAGGAUGGGGGUCCCAAUCGAACAAUACGCAUAUUAGUCUUGGCUCCAGAAAGUCCCAAAUAUCCGUACUCCCUCUUCAAAGUGUUAGCAGCUGUAGAAUUUGCUGUCCAGAAGUUGGAAGCGCAAGGCAGAAACGGUCCUCUCGGCGGACGUUCGGUAAAAAUUUACGAAAAAAAUACCCAUUGUUCCUCAACUCUUGGUCCUUUAGCGGCAUUCGAUUCUUACAUCACUGGCGAAGUUGAUGUUUUUCUCGGACCACUCUGUCCUUACGUUCUUGGACCACUGUCCCGUUACACUGCUGUAUGGGACAUUCCGCUUUUAACCGCCGGAGGACAGAAUGAUAAUUUCGAUCAGAAGAAGCCGUAUUACUCGCUUCUAACCCGAAUGAACGGAUCGUACACUCAGAUUGGCCACAUUUUUCUGAAAAUUUUGCGUAGAUUUCAUUGGCACGUAAUCGCACUGCUCUUUCAUAAUUUCUCGGAUCACAUUUUGGGAAACUCUAACUGUUACUUCACAUUGAGUGCUGUCUACAGGAAGCUUAAUAGAGAAGUAUAUUACCUGAACUUCGACGAAACUGAUCCGAAGACAAACUACUCAAACAUUCUUAAAGAUGUGACCCAGCACGCAAGAGUGAUUGUGAUGUGUGCUUCUCCAAAUACCGUGAGAGAGAUUCUAUUGGCAGCAGAAGAGUUAAACAUGGUCGAUAAAGGAGAGUACGUGUUUUUCAGUACAGAACUCUUCACCAGCAAAAAAGAAAAUGCUAAUCCCUGGAUGCGAAAAGGAGACAGUCAAACAAGAAACAAGCGUGCUCGGAAAGCUUACGAAGCUCUUUUGACAGUGACGGCAAGAAAACCAGAAACGCCUGAAUACGCCGAGUUUUCUCGAACUGUCAAGGAUAUCGCAAAGAAGAAAUUUGGAUUUGAUUACGGAGAAGAAGAGGUCAAUACCUAUGUGACGGCUUUCCACGAAGCAGUUUUACUGUACGUCUUAGCGUUGAACGAAACGUUGGAAGAAGGUGGCCAUAUCACCAAUGGCAGCAUUAUUACACAGAAAAUGUGGAAUCGAACUUUCGAAG